UCUGCCAUGACGACGCUCACCAGCACCAAACGGGCAGUCGCGCCAGCGCAGGUGCAGAUGUUCGUCGCAGACUCGGCCAAGCUCUCCAGGUCCACGCACCUUCCCAGUCUGCAUUCGCUCGCCCUCCAGAUCCUCCACAACCUCCAGUACCAGCACUAUUGGACCGACCUGAAGGUGCACACGCACUCGCCCCUUACGAAAGAGCCUCUCGCGCGGCCGCUCGUCUCUGGUCUGCCGCCGCACCGCCUCUACGUCCACCCCGACGAGCAGGUCGAGCUGCUGAAGAACGCCGACCGCCAGCGAAAAGCCGCAGAGGCAGCGGGCGAGAAGAGCGGUCUGGAGGUCAAGGCGCAGCCUGAGCACGAGUGGGUGCUGCCGACCAGGCUGAACGAGCAAUGGACGCUGCGCCGCCUCGCUGAGGUCUUCGACGAUAUCAGCAUGGCCCCGCCACAGGCCUCUGCUGCCACGCACGACACUCAGGUGAACCCUUGGAGGACAACAAAGAGGGUUGUGCUGGCUACGGUCGACACAGACAGUACUGUCGUCUACUACAUUGUACACGAUGGCGUAGUGAAGCCGCGCCAGAACUGA